AUGAGCACUGGAUAUAUUGGGUCCAAGAUCAGUCUCAUUUCAAGGUCCGACAUUCGUUAUGUGGGCAUUUUACAUAGCAUCAAUUCAGCCGAUUCAACUGUAGCUCUUGAACAAGUUCGCUCUUAUGGAACGGAGGGUCGUCGAGGCAGUCCUUCUGAGGAAAUUCCUCCUUCCGACAAUGUUUUUGAAUACAUUGUAUUUCGUGGUUCGGAUGUAAAAGAUUUGCAUGUUUGUGAAGCCCCUGCUCAACAACAAUCUUUACCUCCUCAAGUUCCUAACGAUCCUGCGAUUCUUGGGACUACUGCUCCUCGACCAACAAGUUUUCAGAGUUUUGCUCCACCAACAAUUGGAGUACAACUCCCACCUAAUCCACCUAAUUUCGCUGGAGCACAUCCGUUUUAUCUUCAACAAGUAGCUGCUGCAUCCUUUCAACAACAGCCACAAUAUUGGCAACAACCGCAAGUUCCUCAACCACAGCUGAAUAGCAACAUCUCAGAGCCCGCUGCCAAAGAAGCUGAACAGCCAAAGUCACAAAUACAGAAAGAACAUUCAGCACCUGACAAGGUUGAAGAGCCUAAACCGGAUAAAUCUACAGCAGUCAAAAAUCUCGUCAAGACGGGCACGAGUUCACGGUCUACCUCUGUUACGGCGAAUAAUAGAAAUAAUGAACCUACUAAGGAAGUCCCUUCAACGUCCGCCGUCGAAGAUUUGGCCAAGAAAGUCAGCGAAAUUCAUUUAACAACAACAAAAGAAACUAACGUUGAAAAACAAGCUGUAAGUAACCAUACUCGUUCCUCUGCUCCAAGCAAUAAUAGGCUUCCCGGUAUGGGUGGGCAUCUUUUGCAGCAAAAUCGUAGAAGUCGUGGAAAUCGACGAAAUUACAAUCAAAAUUACGAUCGUAACAGAAUUCCUGUCCCUCAAUCUGAUUUCGAUUUUGAAUCAUCGAACGCCAAAUUUAAUAAGGAAGAAAUUGUCAAAGAAGUUGUUAAGAAAACUCAUCCUCAUGACCAAAAGGAGGAAGAAAUUUUAGAUGGACAAGGUGAAGAGGAAGAGGAAGAAGACAUUUUGAUACCACCUGCUGAAAGUUAUUAUGAUAGAAGCAAAUCAUUUUUUGAUAAUAUUUCUUGUGAAACCAAAGAACGUUUAGAGCAACAGGGUCCAGACGGCCGUCGUAGUUUAUCUGUUGCUGAAAGAAGACAAAAACAAUCAGAAGAAAGACGGUUGAAUCUUGAAACCUUUGGACAAGUGUCUAUCGAUGGUGGAAGAUAUCGCGGAGGUUAUCGUGGUCGUGGCUACCGAGGAAGCAGAGGAGGAUACCGUGGAGGUCGCGGUGCAAGUGGUGGUUAUAGAGGUGGCUAUACUAGCAAUUACCGAGGGAAUAAUUAUAGGCAACAAAUGCAACAAUCAUGA